GCCCGGGGGCGGGCUCUGCGCGCACCUGGGCCCGCCCCGCGCCGCUGAGGGUGGGAGCGCCGGGGUCGUGAGGCCGGAGCCAUGGCCCGGGGCGGCGGGGGCCCGGCGCCCUGAGCGGCGCCAUGCGGGGCCGGCUGCUGGCGCGGCUGCGGCGCCGGAGGCAGCUGCGGCUGCUGCUGGCCCUGGGCGCGCUCGCCCUCGGGCUCUGGGCCGCCUACCUGGAGCUGGUGGCGGCGGCCGGCGGCGCGGCUGCCCCGGAGCGCAGAUAUGAAAGCUGGAGGGAACUUGCUAGGGUUCUGUCAGACACCAAUGUCCCAGAUGGGGACACAAGCCUUCAGCCGGACUAUCCACGGAAGCUGGGACACCAGAUCCAAGAGCUGCAAAUAGGUGGGAGGAAUAAAUCAAAUUACGCAGCUGUUGACAGCCCUGUCCCAUGGAUGCCGGAGUUCCAGGGCCAGGCCAACCUGCACGUGUUUGAGGACUGGUGUGGCAGCUCCAUCGAGCAGCUCAGGAGAAACCUCCACUUCCCUCUCUUCCCUCACACAAGAACUACGCUGAAGAAGUUGGCUGUGUCCCCAAAAUGGACCAACUAUGGUCUCCGGAUAUUUGGUUACCUGCAUCCUUUCACUGAUGGGGAGUUUCAGUUUGCCAUUGCUGCAGAUGACAAUGCUGAGUUCUGGCUGAGUCCAGAUGAAAAGCCCUCUGGUCUCCAGCUGCUGGCCAGCGUAGGCAAGACGGGGAAGGAGUGGACCGCACCAGGAGAGUUUGGGAAAUUUCACAGCCAGAAGUCAAACAUGGUGAGGUUGUCAGCGGAGGGCAGGUACUACUUUGAGGUGCUGCACAAGCAGGAUGACAGAGGAACAGACCAUGUGGAAGUAGCAUGGAGAUUGAAUGAUCCAGAAGCGAAGUUCAAAGUCAUUGACUCCCAAUAUCUCUCCCUUUUUGCUAACGAGACGCUUCUGAAGAUGGAUGAGGUUGGGCACAUCCCGCAGACGCUGGCCACUCGCAGGAGCUGGGCUGCUGACGGUGCUGGCAGCAGGGUACACCCAGCUGACAUGUUGAAGCCUGACCCCCGGGACACUCUUUAUGAAGUGCCUCUGCUCAGCAAGUCUCGUGUGCGCCGGGCCCUGCCGGACUGCCCCUACAAGCCCAGCUACCUGGUCAAUGGAUUUCCUCUGCAGCGCUACCAGGGGCUCCAGUUCGUUCAUUUAUCCUUUGUUUACCCAAAUGAUUACAGCCGCCUGAGCCACAUGGAGAAAGACAACAAAUGCUUCUACCAGGAAAACCCUUAUUAUUUGGAAAGAUUUGGAUUUUACAAGUACAUGAAAAUGGAUCGGCCAGAGAAGAGCCUGGACUCUGGAGACAAGACAGAGCAACCAGACUCCCAGGAGGGGAACCUGGAUGACCUGCAGUACGAGGAGCAGGAUGUGGAGAGCACCAGUGCCCCUGAGCUCGCUGGCACAGGGAGGGCAGGGCCAGCAGGCAAGGCUCCCAGCAGCGUGUUGGGCAGUGACAAUAUCCACGAGGACUAUUCCCUCCGGGAGCACCGCCGGCUCCUCUCGGUCAUGGGUGAUGAUGCAGGAGAGGAGAUACGGAGGAGGAGGACAAAAAGGUUUGGUAUCAAAUCAGCCAUGCUGGCCUCUACCAACCAAAAUCUCAGCCUGACUGGCCUAGAGGGAAGCCCAGUAACGAAGAGACCCCGUUUAAAAGCUGGUGUCAAAGACAAUUCCAGGAGUCCUCCACAGCAUGCCAGGGCUAUCCAGGGAAGAGUGCCUCUCAGAAGGACAAUCCCUCCUUCUAGGUCUGUGUCUGAAAGGCAGCAGUCUCUUGGCCACCCCAGGGACUCAGGGGUCACAAUUCCCUACAGGGUAGGACCUCGAGGAGACCUCAGCACCACAAAGGACAGGCUGCAGCCAGCAGGCACCGUAGCAGCUGGGAAAGGAGGCCCAGUCUUUGGCAAAGCCAGGAGGCAGGCAGUGAGUGCUGCCAGCCCCAGCAAGCAGCCCAGGCUGCCUCAGUGGCUGAGCCAGGUGCAGUCCUACGUUGCUGAGCAGAAGGUGGCCAACAAUGGGGAUGUGGGUGAGGGAGAGGCACAGGUGGCAUCUCCUUUGAAGGGCAAGUCUGGAGGAGCAGCAGAGGAAGAAGAGGUGGAUGGGGAGCCAGAGGAAGAAGAUGAGGAGGAUUUUGAUUACGUACCAGUGUUUGACCAGGCAGUCAACUGGGAGCAGACCUUCAGCAUGAGCAACCUGGACUUCCAUAUGCUGCGCACAGACUGGAUUGACCUGAAGUGCAACACCUCGGGAAAUUUGCUGCUAAGAGAAAGGGAGGCCCUGGAAGUUACACGUGUCUUCCUGAGGAAGCUCAACCAAAGGAGUAAAGGGCGCUUCCAGCUGCAGCGCAUCGUGAACGUGGAGAAGCGGCAGGACCGCAUGCGGGGCAGCCGCUACCUGCUGGAGCUGGAGCUGCUGGAGCAGGGCCAGCGGCGCGUCUGCCUCUCCGAGUACGUCUUCGCGCGGGGCUGGCAGGGCAGCAGCAGCCACGAGGAGGACGAGAGGAGGAUGAGGAACCUGGUGUGGGGCCGCCGGCGGCGCCUGAUGGCUGCAGCAAACGAGCCAGAGCUGUGCUGGCCCCAGGGGUUUUCCUGGAACCACCAGGCCGUGGUGCACUUCGUGGUGCCAGUGAAGAACCAGGCACGUUGGGUACUGCAGUUCAUUUCUGACAUGGAAGAGCUGUUCCGAGUCACCAAGGAUCCCUACUUCAGCGUCAUCGUCACAGACUACAGCAGCGAUGACAUGGAUGUAGAGAAGGCUCUGAAAAGAUCUACCUUGCACAGCUAUCGGUACCUGAAGCUGACAGGGAAUUUUGAGCGUUCUGCUGGGCUGCAGGCAGGGAUAGACCUCAUAACGGACCCGCACAGCAUUGUCUUCCUGUGUGACCUCCACAUCCACUUCCCAGCUGGAGUCAUUGAUUCAAUCAGGAAGCACUGCGUGGAAGGCAAGAUGGCCUUUGCACCCAUGGUCAUGAGGCUGCACUGCGGGAUGUCCCCACAGUGGCCCGAUGGCUACUGGGAAGUGAAUGGGUUUGGUCUCCUGGGCAUAUACAAGUCUGACCUGGACAAAAUUGGAGGCAUGAACACAAAAGAGUUUCGGGACCGCUGGGGAGGAGAGGACUGGGAACUCCUCGACAGGAUCUUACAGGCUGGGCUGGAAGUGGAGCGUCUCUCCCUGAGGAACUUCUUCCACUGGUUUCACUCAAAGCGGGGCAUGUGGAACCGGCGCCAGCUGAAGACAGUGUAGCCUUCAACCCCAGAGCUGUUUGGCAGCGCUGUCCACCAUCUCAUCCAGAUGUGCACUUUACUGGGGCAUGCAGCCGGGUGCCCAAGCUCUUCCUCUGCCUCCAGAGACCUCUGAUGGCAUGGCACAGUUGAGGGAGGGGUGAUCAGGCUAGUGGAGCGGGAGCUUCUCUUGUCAGCCGCUGCAUGCGAGACACGGGAUCCGCGUGUGGCUGGGAAGGCGUGCGGCAGAGGCGUCAAGGGAAGCACUUGUAUUUCCUGCCAUGCAGUCUGGUAGGAGGUACAGUGGGAGAGGUGCCCUGUUUCCUGUUGAGUCUUGCACCUAACAGACACAAAUCCCAGCUAAGCCUAGAAUGGUUUAUGUAGAGCAGCGCAGCUUCUCUUUCAAAACUUGAGUGAAAAAAAAAAAGGCAAAGAACUCACAACCGUCCCCAUUUCCUCUCCUUUGCCAUCUAUCCAGUACCCAUGAUUUUGGACAGGAGACCAAAGUUCUCUGAUCUGUAUUGCACCCACAUGCCCAUGUGCUGACUUAAGGAAAUCUGGAUGCAGAGGAGCUGAUAAGCACUUUAGGCUGCUUUAGGUGCUUAGAUGUUUCUCUGUGCUUUUCACUUUGGUCAUUAUGAAAAAUUGUGCUCAUGUUCAGCAUAUUAUGGGCUGUGGAUGGAGUUGCAAAUACAUUUCCCUUACAGGAGCCAUGUUUGCCUGUAGCUGGGUGAGCUGGCAAGGGUGAUGUUACAAUUCCACCUAAAUUAUUGACACACUGCCUGAGGGUAGUGGAGGGGCUAUACAGAGAAGCUAACAGAGCAUCUCAGGAGGAACUUUGCAGCCUUAUCUGACAGACAUGUGUUUGUCCUAACAAUAUCAGGGAAACCCUAGCAGGGAAGAAGUGGCAAUAUUUUAUUAGUUGAAGUAUUGUGAUUUGUCGGAAGAGGAGUCAGAGUCUUCUGCUCUCAAAAUCCUGUACAUUUAUGCAGCAUCUAAAAGUUAAUUUAAUAAGUUAUGGCCUCACAGUUGUGUCUUGUCGUAGUUUGACUCUUAAGUAUAGAGCAGGCUUCUUGGUUGGAGAACCAGCACAGCCAUUGGUGCUUCAUCUCUGGAACAGCCUUGGCAGCUCUGGCCUGGUACGAGGAGGUGGCCUCAGGUCUUGGCACAGGCACUGAGUGUAACAAACAGUGAGGACAGAAGAGCAUUGAGUGAACAAAAGGAUGGACAAACCCAUGCUGUCAUUGAUGGAAGAACAGCUGGCCUGGUGCUACAGGGAAGUCUCAUCCCCUAAAACUCUUGUUAAUGUAAGGCAAGAUUUUUUUUACCCUGUAACCAUUUUAGAAGACUAUGUAAACCCAGAAAUCCCAGCUCACUCAGUGCUUUACACUGCAGCUUCAGUGUCCCCAUACCAUGCUAAGAAGGGCUCAAGCUUGAGGGGAGGGUGUGACAUAGGAUGCUGCUCAUGGUGCUCAGUUCUGUGGGGAGUUGCUGGGAAGGAGUAAUGGAUGUAUGCAGAAUACAAGCAAAGCUGACUGAUACUAGACUUUUUUGCUCUUUGCUGAUGGAGUAGAUGCCAAUUCAGAAUAGGCAUUCAUUUAUUACUGUGUGGUGCUUGAUGAGUCCAUCAAGUUCCGCUAUUGCAGUAGAAAACUGAACAUACAAGUUCUGGCACGUGAGAUAGAAAUCAUGUCAAAUCAUCUGUUUGCAUCAGUCUGGGUUUUGUGAGUGAUGGAUUUAGAAAAAGUCAGCCAGAUACCAGAAAGUUCUGCUGUGCAGUGUGCCGCUGUGGUGAGAAGUACACAGGAGAUGGCUGUGUCUCUGAAUCCAUGGAGCCUUUGCCAGAAUGGAGACACUGAAUAUCCCAGAAGAGGCAGCCUUAGCCAGAGUAGUCUUCCUAUUGAGGGAAGAUACUUUACCCAUGCAGAUACUAAGAAAUUAAAUCAUGGCAGUUGUGGUGAGAGGGAAGAGGCUGACAACAGUCAACACUUUUUUUUUUUUUUUGUUUGAAGUGUUAUAGGAGUUUGGGAGACCAGAGUCCUGUGAUGCAAUGUUGCAAUAAGCUCUGCUUCUCCCUGGAAUGUGCAGUGUCAGUCAUGCUCUCAGUGCAAGCCAGAGCCUGUGCUUCCCUCAGACACAGGCACAGCUCCACGAGUGUGUAGGUGAGCUGCUUUCCAGGCUCCAGGACUGUGCCUGCACAGCCUGUCCAGGCUGGCUGUGUCACGCAAUGCCUGUGGAAUGGGGAGAGGCUGUCGGGAGGGCGAGUGCCCGGACACGGCCGGGCGUCAGCAGCAGCAGCUGUCUGGGCCCAUCAUGCUGGGAACACCACGGUGCCUGGUCUGCACAUGGAGAACUGCUGCAUUUGGUGGCAGCCUGGAAGUCAGGCAUGGGAAGGAGGAGUUAUUUGUACCUUGUCCUUUCACAUCUGGCUGUGGAUGUGGUCUGCAGCACCUCAAGUUAGCAGCUGGCAUCCAUCUGUGGACACUGGCAAGAAUUAGAGGUAACUCACUUGGCAUAAAUGCCAUGAGUCUUCCCCACCACAGAGGACAGCCAGGAAGAGUGGACUGGACAGUAGGGUGCAUCCCUCAGUGCAGCACUGCCAGGAGAAUGUGAGGAUUUUGCCCCCAUUUUUCAGCUGUGACUCUACUUCACACCUUGUAACCCAGGCCAGUGGUAAGCAGAACUACCUCGUGAGGACUCCUUGAUGGAGAUGUAAGGAGUUCCUGGUUUUCAGUCCAGUUUCCUAAUGGCCAGUUUGCCCACUGUCAAAGCUUCCAUCUCAAAUGUUCUUCCCUUCCAGUGGGAAUACUCAGUUGGUAUCCAAGCAAGUAGUAAAUGUGAUUAAUACUAAUUGACACUAGCUGGCAGCCUCCAUGGAGGUGCUUGAAGAGCCCAUGGGAAUAAAAACCGUCUUCCAGCCCACAUGUUCAGAGACCUCACUACAGGGUGUAGGGAGAGAAGGGGCUCCACACUCCCCAGUUUGCUGGCCAGCAGCAAACCUUGCAGGAGCAGUGCUGGGCUUCACUCUGAGGCUGCUGCCCCUCUUCCAAAGCAAGCUGCAGUUUUUCUCCCCAGACAGAGUCACAGAGAGGGGGAGAGCAGGAAGCACAGCAGGAGCAGAUCCCACAGCUAUGCAGUGAAAGGACAUGGCCAGGAAGCUGACUCCCCUCAACAGUUGGUCACAUUUCUGUCACCAGGAUCUUUUUAGGAAGCUGUGCUGGAGUUUCUGGCCUUCAUGUGCAUCCUGGCUGUGUCCUGCUUGGCCAGCUGGAGGAAGUCAGUUGCAGAGGAUUUUCCUUGCUUAAGGCCAGGAGCAAGCUGCUCCGGAAGCUCUGUGGCUGGGGUAUGAUGGACAAUGCUGCAAAAGAGACCUUCUCCAGGGUAGGAUGUGACCAGCCUGGGGAGUCUGGGCCACCAAAUGUGAGGUGCAGAGUAAGGGGGCUCUGCCUACAAAUGUGACUGUGUAUUCAGGACUGGUGCUCAGGCUUGCUUUGCAGGUCAUCAAGGGAGUGAAGAAGGGCUGGCUUUUAAUCUGAGCAAAGUGUAUUGUGUGAAAAUUAUUACUUGUUUCAUCAUUGUCUUAAUGUUUGCCCGGCAUGAACAUCUUUCCUCAUUGCCUACAAAUGUCUGAAGCUGAUUGUUUUUUAGAUACAGAUGCCUUGUGUUGAAAAUCUGACUUGUAUCUGCCUUAAAGUGGCUCUGUGCCUUCAAGACGACUCCUGGGCCACCUUUCUGUUGGAGCUGGGGGACAUACAGAUUCUCCCUUGUGUUUUAUAAAUACAUUGUCUUCCUACAAGA